AAUGGGUUCCUCUAUACUCAAAACACAAACAAUCACAAUGGUUCUAUCAGUGUUGUUCUUGAUUGUGUGUACAGUGGCUGAAGAGGAGAACAAAAGCGGUUUUUGUUAUGACCCGCAACCGCAACCCAAAUCAGAUUGCGAUGCACAAAAAUGUUCUGAUAGAUGCCUAGAUAUGGGCUACAUUAGAGGCCUCUGCAAACUCAUUUAUCCACCUACGCCUUAUGCGUUUUGCGUUUGUGAAAAGCCUUGUACUCCUUCAGAAGUAAAUGAGACCAAUCUUUCCCCGAACUGA